AUGGCCACGGAAAUCCAGGAGAUAAGCCCUGAGUCGCCUCCUGCCUACGAUGGCGUUGAGCAAACCAGUGAGGCAAAAAAGGUGGAUGGCAUAGUUGAGGAGAAGUCUGUGGAUAUUGAGGAGAACCAAGACGACGAUGGCAAAAAUUUGAUCCUGGACAGGGCAGAGGCUACAGAGCUCACACCCGUCGAGGCCUUCAAAUGGAACGUCGAAGGGGACCAGUCGCCAUUCCCAGAAGUUGCUGCUUGCGUACCCAACACAGACGACCCAAGCAUCCCAUGCAAUACAUUCCGAGCAUGGGUGCUCACCACGUUAUUCGUCAUCGUCUUCUCCGGCGCCAACCAGUUCUUCUCCCUCCGCUACCCCAACCUCUCGAUCGGGUAUGUGGUGGCCCAGCUUCUGGUCUACCCUCUCGGCAGGACAUGGGAGAGACUCCCUCGCUGGCGUGUGCCGCUGGGCAAGCUCUCCUUCGACAUCAACCCGGGCCGCUUCAGCAUCAAGGAGCACGCGCUCAUCGUCAUCUGCGUCAACAUCAGCGGCAGCGCGGCCUACGCCUCGUGGGCUCUCACCGCCAUCGUCAGCCCCGUCUACUGGGACACGGACUUUGGCGCGGGCUUCUCGUUUCUCUUCCUGCUGACGACGCAGAUGAUCGGGUUCGGCCUGGCAGGGCUGGCCCGCCGCUGGCUCGUCUACCCGGCCGCCCUCAUCUGGCCGUCGUCCCUCGCGUCGACGGUGCUCUUCCGCGCUCUGCACGAGCCGCAGGAGCACUCGCCCGCCAAUGGCUGGACCAUGACGAGGUAUCGGUUCUUUGGUCUGAUGACGCUGUUUGCGUUUGUGCUGUUCUGGUUCCCCGACUACAUCUGGACGAGCCUGAGCACGUUUGCGUUUGUCACCUGGAUCGCGCCGCACAACCAAAAGGUCAACACCAUCUUCGGCAUGAGCUCGGGCCUGGGUCUGAUCCCCCUCAGCAUCGACUGGACCCAGAUCAACUACGCCGGCUACCCGCUGACGACGCCCUUCUACAUCACCUGCAACGCCUUCGCGGUGGUUGUCAUCUUCUAUCUGUUCUUGUCGCCCAUCCUGUACUACUCCAACGUGUGGUACAGCGCCUACCUGCCCCUGCUGUCGUCGAGCACCUUUGACAACACCGGCGCGUCGUACAACGUGACCAAGGUCGUGGACGAGAACCUCGACUUCGUGCUCAGCAAGUACGAGAGCUACUCGCCCAUGUACAUCUCCAUGUCCUACUCGCUCACCUACGCGCUGUCGUUUGCGGCCGUGACGGCGGUGGUGGUCCACACGUAUCUGUACAACGGCAGCGAGAUCUGGGCCAAGUUCAAGAACUCGAGGCACGGCGGCGAGGACAUCCACAAGCGGCUGAUGAAGUCGUACAAGGAAGUGCCGGACUGGUGGUACGGCGUGCUGACGGUUCUUGUGGUGGCGCUUGGCAUCGUGACGGUCAGGUACUGGGACACUGGGCUUCCCGUCUGGGGGUUUAUCGUGGUGUGCUUUGGUUUGGGCGUGUUGAUGAUGGUUCCAGAGGGGAUUCUGGAGGGAACGACGAACCAAAGAGUGUUUCUCAACAUUAUCACUGAGCUCAUCGCAGGCUAUGCCUGGCCGGGCAAGCCGAUUGCCAACAUGAUGGUCAAGUGCUAUGGCUAUAAUUCAGUCAAGCAUGGUAUGGACUUUGCACAAGACUUGAAGAUGGGACAGUACAUGAAGAUCCCGCCGCGCGUGCUCUUUGUCGGGCAGAUCUACUCGUCCAUACUUGCCACGGCAGUUCAGACUGGAGUACUCCGCUGGAUGAUUGGCCACAUUCCCAACUUGUGCUCUCCAGAAAACACCCAGCGCUUCACGUGCAACAGCGCCAAGGUCUACUACAACGCCUCCCUCAUCUGGGGCACCAUCGGCCCCCAGCGCAUGUUCCAAUCGGGCCAGGUGUACUCUGCGCUCCCCUACUUCUUCCUCAUCGGCCCCGUCGUCACCGUGGCUGUCUACCUCCUCUACCGGCGCUACCCCAACUCCUGGAUCCGCUACGUCAACGUGCCCAUCUUCUUCAACGCGGCGGGCAACAUCCCGCCGGCCAACACGACGCAGUACAGCCUGUGGUUCAUCUUUGGGUUCCUGUUCAACUACCACCUGCGCAAGAAGGCCUUCCAGUGGUGGAAGCGGUACAAUUAUCUGUUGCAGGCGGCCAUGGACACGGGAACUGCGCUGGCGACGGUGCUCAUCUUCUUUGCGCUGAGCUAUACGGGGACCACGCUCAGCUGGUGGGGGAAUAAUGUUGGGUCCAAUACAGAUGACUCGAACUCGGUGCCUUGGCUGACGGUGCCGGAUGGCGGGUAUUUUGGAAAGGGGCCUGGCCAGUUUUAA